UGAAACCGGAGAGGAUCCAGGCAACCCGACCGCUCGUGAAUCUUCCAUAUUUAUACCAUAAAACACUAUUUCUAAAGAGGUUACUUUUGAUCACUUAUUAUUUUUAAUAACUCUUUUCUUCUACGGGCCUUUAGUUUUUCGCUGAGCAAUGGCGAGAACUGAGAAGGAAAUCCAAGUUAAACAGGAAAUUAUCGAGCUGAGUCGCAAGAUAAAGUCGAGGACGAACGAUUCCCAGACGCCGGCUUGCAUUGUCAACUUGUCAAGCUCAGAUUCUGAAUCCGACUCUGACUCCGAUUCGGAUGCUUUAUCCGACAAUGAUAUUGCCGGAAUUUUUAACAAAAGGCCUCGGGAGUCUAGGGGGGAAAUUUAUGGAAACAAGAAGAAGAAGAAUAAGAGAGGGAAGGAUUUAAGUUUUGUGUUGCCGGUGGGAUUUCUUGACCCUUUGCCGGCUAAAGAACCGGUAUCGAGAGAUUCAGAGGCUGUGUUGACGUUGCCUGCGCCGCCGCAAAGAAAUGCUGUGAUUGUGAGCGGUUGUAAGCAGUUCUGGAAGGCGGGGAACUAUGAUGAAACGCCUUCUGGUGACUGGGAGUCGGCUACUGGUGGCAUGGAUCAUGUCAGAGUUCAUCCUAAAUUUCUACAUUCUAAUGCAACCAGUCAUAAGUGGGUUCUUGGAGCUUUUGCGGAGCUUUUAGACAAUUCAUUGGAUGAGGUCUGCAAUGGAGCAACAUACGUGAACAUUGAUAUGGUUAAAAGCAAGAAAGAUGGCAGCAAAAUGUUGUUGAUUGAAGAUAAUGGUGGUGGGAUGGAUCCGGAUAAAAUGCGGCAAUGCAUGUCUCUUGGGUACUCCGUGAAAAGCAAUAUGGUAGAUACUAUUGGACAAUAUGGAAAUGGCUUUAAAACAAGUACUAUGAGGCUUGGAGCUGAUGUCAUUGUCUUCUCACGAUGUUCUGGGGGAGAAGGGAAAAGGCCUACGCAAAGCAUUGGAUUAUUGUCAUACACAUUUUUGAGAAGCACUGGAAAAGAAGAUAUUUUGGUUCCCAUGCUUGAUUAUGAAAGAAGAGGACAAGAAUGGCAUAAGAUAAUUCGAUCUUCCGCGGGUGACUGGAAUAUAAAUGUUGAAACAAUAGUCCAAUGGUCACCAUUUUCAAGCGAAGCAGAUCUUCUUCGGCAGUUUAAUCAGAUGAAGGAUCAUGGUACACGGAUAAUCGUAUAUAAUCUAUGGGAGGAUGACCAGGGUCUGCUGGAACUUGACUUUGAUACCGAUACUCGUGAUAUUCAAAUCCGAGGCGUCAACAGAGAUGAGAAGAACAUAAAAAUGGCACAGCUGUAUCCCAACUCCAGGCACUUUCUUACAUAUCGGCAUUCAUUAAGGAGCUAUGCAUCUAUUCUCUACCUCAGAAUUCCUCCUAGCUUUCGAAUUAUUCUCCGAGGGAAAGAUGUUGAACACCAUAAUAUAGUGAAUGACAUGAUGAUGUCCCAGGAAGUUACUUAUCGUCCACAGCCUGGAACUGAUGGGGUCCUAAAAGAUGCUAACAUGGUUGCUGCUGUCACUAUUGGGUUUGUAAAGGAUGCAAAAGCACAUAUUGAUGUUCAGGGUUUUAAUGUUUAUCACAAAAAUCGACUCAUUAAGCCAUUUUGGAGACUUUGGCAUGCUCCUGGUAGCGAUGGUCGUGGAGUUAUAGGUGUGCUAGAAGCCAAUUUUGUUGAACCAGCACAUGAUAAGCAAGGGUUUGAGCGUACUACAGUUCUUGCAAGACUGGAGGCACGACUGAUACAAAUGCAAAAGACAUAUUGGUCGUCAAAUUGUCACCACAUUGGCUAUUCUCGACGACGAAAUAAGAAAGCUUAUGAAAGAGAGAGCUCUCCUGAUUCUUAUUCCCCAACUCGUCAAUCAAAAAAGAAUGUUACUUCUUCAAGUAGCAAGACACCUAUCAAGUCAGUGGAUAAGGGUCAUAAUAAAGGGCAUGUGUAUGGAAAGGAAGACAUGAAGAAAAAAGCAUCUGGAAAGCGACCAAAUUCUUCCGGAUCAUCAUCUUCUGGUGAGGAUGUCAGUAAUGAUGAUGUGCAAAUUAACAUUUACAGGAAUCGAGGCAAAUUAUCUGGAAAAGAUGGAUCUCCAUUGGCCUCUGGCUUGAAAUACAGUGAAUCUUCGGGAAAUAACUUGCCUGGCAUAAGGCCUGGCCGAACAACCAGAAAUUUAAUGUCCCAGGUCAUCGAUCAUCUUUUGCAUCAUAGCCUAGGCACUACACGUUUAAUGUUGCAUGAAUGGAUACUAAAUGACGUGUUUGGGUGUUCGAGUGUGUGUCACGCAUUCCGAUGUGCGGAGAUAUUCAUUUUGGUUAAGCUUUCAGAAUGCGGGACAACAAAAAGUCGAGAUAUUUUUUUGGCUGGUUUCUUGGCAAGUGAUAUACUGUUUCCAUUUGAUCAGCUACACGAGGCAAAUCAAAAAAUUCAGGAACUGGUCAAAGAACAAGAUAGUUUUAUUGAUAUAUUCUCAGAAGAACGAGAGCGUCGAAAUACCGAGGAAGAAAAUUUGAGAAAGAAAUUGAAGGAGGCAUCAAAUACCAUCCAAGAAUUGCUCGACAGGGUGAGACUAUUGGAGAAAAGGUCUUCAAAUGGAAAACUGGACCGUUGAGAAAUAGUGAUAGGAUUCUGCGUGGUCCAUUUCUUUUUUAGAGCAUCAGUGCUUUCAAAACACGUUAAAAGUGUGCGAACGUACUGAAGGCAUGUAAUCGCUUUUGAUAAAGUUGAGGAGCACCACUUUUCCGAGACAGGUAACUGAUGCCUGGUUCUUUCUAUGUCUUCUCAUGUUCAUAGAUGACUUGACGUUAGGUUAGUAUUCAGGGAUGUCAAUAUUAUUCCCUCUUACGUACAGCAAUGUCUCAAAUGAUUUACUAAUUUUGUGUAGCUUUACCCAGAUUUAUCUAAUAUGGAAAAUAUCCCUCCUUUCUGCACUUCA